UCCCUUUCCCCUCCCUCUUCUGUGUGGAGACACGGCCUGCCAAAGCGCUCACCAGAGCCGAACUGCUACAAAACAAAAAUGACCACCUCUGCUCAGCCCAUAUUCUCAAAGGGAGAGGACUGCAAGGCCGCGUGGCACGACGCCAGCGCGGGCUACAAUGCGGCCGACACGCACCUGGAGAUCAUGGGCAAGCCUGUGAUGGAGCGCUGGGAGACGCCGUACAUGCACUCCCUGGCCACUGUCGCAGCCUCGAAAGGCGGUCGGGUGCUGGAGAUUGGUUUUGGCAUGGCCAUCGCUGCUACCAAAGUUGAGUCUUUCCCCAUCGAGGAGCACUGGAUCAUCGAGUGCAACGAUGGAGUCUUUGCCCGGCUGGAGAACUGGGCCAAGUCUCAGCCACACAAGGUUGUCCCUAUGAAAGGCCUUUGGGAAGCGGUUGUCCCCACCCUGCCAGACAACCACUUUGACGGUAUCCUGUAUGACACAUACCCUCUGUCAGAGGAGACAUGGCACACUCACCAGUUUGACUUCAUCAAGGCUCAUGCUCACAGGCUGCUGAAACCCGGUGGCGUCCUCACCUACUGCAACCUGACCUCCUGGGGCGAGCUGCUCAAGACCAAAUAUGACAACAUCGAGAAAAUGUUUGAGGAGACCCAGGUGCCUCAUCUGGUCGAAGCAGGCUUCAAGAAGGAGAAGAUUAGCACCACCACAAUGGACAUUGAACCACCCAGUGAAUGCAAAUACUAUUCCUUCCGCAAGAUGAUUACUCCUACUAUUGUAAAAGAAUAAAGUCCAAAGAGGCCACAGUAGCAUUUUUUAAAAACUCUAACGUGCCUUUUCCUCUGACCUUCAUCACUUUAUUUACUCUGCCAUAUUUCAAUAAACUCCAUCCCCGGUCCUUUUACACAUCUA